UACGGAUCAUGAUGUUUUUUUUCAGUAUAUACACAGUAUCACUCAUGUUUUUUUUUGUUAUUCUCAAGAACAAUCAACUGACGGAAGGACGAUCCUACAUUCAGAAAUCUCAACAUGAUGUGGCUAUUGGCUCUCGCCGUCCUUGCGACUGCAGCCUAUGCACAAGAUGCCCGGAAGCGAGUAUGCUAUUAUUCCAACUGGUCCCAGUACCGGCCCGGUAUCGGCAAAUACACGCCGGGAAACAUCGACGCGUUCCUGUGCACGCAUCUGAUCUACUCGUUCGCCAAACUGGACAACAACAAGAUCGCCAUGUAUGAGUGGAACGAUGAUCAGUUGUAUACACAGUUCAACAAUCUCAAGAAAGUAAACCCGAAUCUGAAGACUCUUUUGGCUAUCGGAGGAUGGAAUGCCGGAAGUACUGUGUUCUCGAACCUCGUGGCCGAUUCUGCCCUACGGAAACAGUUUGCUGUGCACGCGACGUCGUUCCUGAGACAGUGGGGAUUUGACGGCCUCGAUCUCGACUGGGAGUACCCGGCCAACAGGGGAGGCCCGCCUGCAGACAAGGUCAACUUCAUCAGCUGGAUCAAGGACAUUCUCGCGGAGUUCAAUGCUGACGCCGCUCAGUCGGGAAGGCCGCGUCUUCUUCUUACCGCCGCCGUCGGCGCCGGGAAGGCGACCAUCGACCCAGCGUACGACAUCCCGGAAAUGGCGAGGUUGCUGGAUUUUAUCAACCUGAUGUCGUACGACCUGCAUGGCGCCUGGGAGACGUUCACUGGACACAACGCUCCCCUGUAUGCCCGGGCUGACGAGAGCGGGGAACAGGCGCAACUCAACUUGGAUUGGGCGGCCCGCUACUGGGUACAGAAAGGUUGCCCAAAGUCCAAGCUCAUCAUCGGUCUGGCGACGUACGGGCGUUCCUUCCGACUGAGCAAUCAGGCCAAUUACGGCAUGGGAGCCCCUACCACCGAUCCUGCGCCGACCGGACCUUAUACUAUGGAGGCCGGCUUCCUCGCUUAUUACGAGGUGUGCUUAAUGUUGCAAAACGGCGCAGUGCGUCACUGGCAUUCGGAACACCUUGUACCAUACGCCACACAAGGAAGCACGUGGGUAGGCUAUGAUGACAAACAGAGCUUCAUUAUAAAGCUGGAGUACAUCCGCGAACAAGGCUAUGGCGGCGCAAUGAUCUGGAACAUGGACCUUGACGACUUCCAGCAGACGUGCAGCUCCUCCGACCGCCCGUAUCCGCUGAUGUCCCUGAUGGAGGAGGUACUUGGCGGCUACAGUCCACCAUCAACCGUGUCGCCUACUACAGCGCCUACCACACGCCCGGGCGAGACGACCACGGCUACACGCCCGCCAUCAACCACAGUUUCCACUGGUGCCCCAACUGCGGCUCCUACCGCGGGACCAGGUGGAGAUUGUAGCGGGGUGAAUGACGGUUACUACCCGCAUCCUACCGACUGCUCACGUUACAUCCGUUGCGUAUGGGGUGUGGCCCAUGUUCAUCAGUGUGCCGCCGGUCUGUUGUGGAGCCAGCAGAGGCAGUACUGCGAUUGGGCGUCCAACGUUGAGUGCAAUACUCAAACAACCCAAGGACCAUCAACAUCUACGACGCAAAAACCCACAACGCAAGCGCCCACGACACAGAAACCCACAACGCAAGCGCCCACGACACAGAAACCGACAACGCAAGCGCCCACGACACAGAAAACGACGACGGUGAAGCCCACAACUGGUCCAACUAAACUGCCCGCAGAUUUCUGCGCCAACAAGGCCGAUGGCAUUUACCAACACCCAGGUGACUGCACCGCAUUUGUGAACUGCCACGCGGGAGUCAACCGCGUGAUGUUCUGUGCGACCGGUCUUUUGUUCAAUCCAGCAAUCAACAACUGCGACUGGGCUUCAAACGUGGACUGCUCGGCCAAGACGGAACCCAGAGAUGACGACAACCCGGACAACAUCUGUGCUGGAGCUGCGGACGGCUUUUACCCAUCACAAUCUAGUUGUCAUGACUACUACCAGUGCCAUGGCAACGCGCUCUUCACCAACAGCUGUGGAAACUUUCUUUAUUUUAAUUCGAUAUAUAAAGUUUGCGAUUGGCCGUCAAAUGUUAGAUGCACUGUUAAUAUGAUGAAAAUGAGCCAUUAAACUUAAUUUUGUGCUAGUAAAAAAAUCAUAGUGACUUGUCUAUCCACUGGCAAACACUUGAAUGCGUUCUGUUGAAAGUAUGUUUAUCAAAUUAAUAUUACAUAUUUAACCUGUAUAUCUGUGUGUACCUGUGCGUAUUACGAAACAAUGUAGCUCUUGCUUUUACUGUUGUUUUUAGGGAUGCAACGUGUGGCGAUUUUCUCUCGGUUUGGGUAUGGUCGGGUAUUUUCGGGUCGGAUAGUUAAAUAUAUAAGUAUAUUACAACUUUCACUUCCAUUUCAAGAUUAUUAAUAAAUCUACAACACACACGUUCAGAGUGAUUGUACCUCUUAUAUCUAUUUAAAAGAUCUUAGCGUUGUUAUUCGACUUUAUAUGUUGUGAGUUUUAUAUAAGAUUGUUAAUUUCGUACCCAAUAGUUGUUUCUCAUGCAAAAGUUUUAAAGCUGUUCAGUUAUAUGUGUCAACCUUUGGCAUAAAACGAUUAACCCAUUUAUGCCUAGUGGAAUCUCCCAUCCUUCUAAAUUGGGUAAAUUUAUUUCCAAAAUAAGGGAUGUCUAGUAUAUUUAUUUCUAUAUUUAGAAUAUUUCUUACAGAAAUUCCUUUAAGCAAACAGCUUCUACGCUGUUUGUUAUGGCCUUUUUUCUAGACGCUAUGGGUUAAAAAAUAAGUGUAAAAAGUAAUUAAAACAUAAUAAUGACAAUACUAAAAACAAGCGAAAAACAGCACAACUGAUUUCAAGUUUCCAUAAAACAUUCAGUAUCAAAGUAAAAAUGAAACAAACUGAGAUAAUUAUUCGUUCUGCCAAUUAUGACUUUGUACUCAUGCCUUAAUUAAACUGUUUAGGAAAAGCAAUCAAAAAAUUUCUCAAGCGCAUAAUAGUGCUUGAACAUCACUUAGUUUUCAUUAAGAUUAGAACGGUUCGUCAGUCCCCAUUUCGUUUGUUUUGACAGGAAUUUAUCUAUUUAUUCAUGCGUAAAAACAGCAAUUUAAACAUUUAAAAUAUAUAAUGGAAAUUAAUAACUAAAUCUAUUUUUUAAACCUGUUUGUAGGCCUUUGAUAAAACAUAUUUUGAUUUUUACGUAACCAUGUUUACAUUACUGAUGUUAAAACACUAUUGGCGUGUAUUUACGGCAACCCGUUAUUGACAGAACAAAUUAUUCAAUUUUAUUCAUUGUACUUGAGCGUUAAAUUUAUAAGAAUAUACAUUAUGCUGCAUUAAAUAUUGAAAAUAAGCAUUAUUUUGACAUACUUGACCCUAUUCGAAUUUUACGAGUGGAAACCGAAAUCAACCAUUUCAUUGUAACCGUACUUCAAAAUGUUUGGUAAGAUUUUCGGCUACUCGUUGCAUCCCUUCUUAUUUUAUGUUACACACGCAGCAAGAAAAAUGUAUUAUUCCAGUCCAUAUCCGGGUUGUAAUAAAAUAAUUCAAAAACAUG